AUGACUGUAGUGGUUAAUGAAAAUAAUGACUUGAUUCCCACAAGAACUGUCACUGGGUGGAGAAUCUGCAUAGAUUAUAGAAAAUUCAACAAUGCCAAUCGGAAGGACCACUUUCCCCUCCCCUUUAUUGACCAAAUGCUUGAUCGAUUAGCUGGCCAGGAAUACUACUGUUUCUUAGAUGGUUAUUCGGGGUAUAAUCAGAUUGCUAUAGCCCCAGAGGAACAACAGAAAACCACAUUUACGUGUCCCUAUGGCACGCUGCUUGAGAAAGAUGUCUCCUUCAAAUUUGAUGAUGCCUGUCUGAAAGCAUUUGAGGAGCUGAAUGGAAGGUUAGUGACUGCACCAAUUAUCAUUGCUCGGAAUUGGGAGCAGCCAUUUGAGUUGAUUUACUGA